GAGGGUAAAUAUUCCCCUUGGUAAGUGAGUGCACUCCUUAGAGAUAAGCGUGAUCCUGUCUUUGGAGAGUCUCUUGAUUAGGGUUAAGGCAGCAGAAUUAGGGCGAAAACCAGGAAGCAAAGGAACUUCUUAAAGAAACAAAGUUAUGAAAGGGAGAAGCCACCCGGAAGGAAGAUGUGGUGAGAAUAACAGAACUGUGGGACUGUCUGUGAUUCCAGGCUCCUUUCUGAUUUCAUCUUUUGGAUGAGAUGGAAUUGCCUGUCAUUGAGAAACACAAAAUAUUCCACAAGUGUCACAUUUGGAAAUACGGUAGCAAAGGAAGAACACUGUUAGAGUGAUAUAAUAAGAAAUAUAAACAGAUUGAAGUCCAAACUCAUAUAAAUCAUAAUCAACUGUAUGAUUUGCUAAUCAUCCAAGUCUCUCCAUGUCUCAAAAAUGACUGCUACAUUUUAUGGUGUGUCAGAUAUGGGAUAGGGUCUUCUUGUUGUUCAAAAUUCCAACUCAGUAGAUUAGGGCUUUUUCUAUUAAGGAACGAAAUAUCAGCAACGAAAUAUCAGCAAUGGACCUUACGUUUAUAGCACAUUCUUACAGUUUGCAAAGAGCUUAGCACACCUGUCCUCCUGACCCAUCAGGCCUGCAGUAGUCUCCCCUGCCUUUCAAUUUACAUCUAUUUGGGGCAUCAAUUAUUUGGCACUUGGGUGUUUUUGCUCAGGAAAAACACAGCCCAGUAUGUAUCUCUAGCUAGGUCUCCAGGCAUAGCUAAGCAGCCCAAGAGUGUCUUCAAGCAUUUGUACCCAGAGCAUGCUGCUAUUACAAGACAUAUUGCCUGAUAUCAUGCGUGUCAGCCUCUGUCUAUAUAGUGGCAUCUUCUUGUGGAUAGUCACUGGGUCUGUAUUUAUUACUGUUUUUUACUCACUGAUUCUUAAUCAUUCUGGGGGCCCCAAAACUUGGCUCAGUAUCUGCCCUUAGAGUUACAUAGAGUACACGUGUGGAGUGAAUUAAUUUGCUACCAGUCUAUUCACUGCAGCACAUUUUGCAUUUUAACCAGAUCACUUAACAACUAUUUCUUUCUUAUUAUUAUUGCAAAAACAGAGCACAGUGAGAUCUGCCAAUUCCAGACUUCUCCCUCGUGCCCUGGAAAUGUAUGUGUUCUUAUCGGGGGAGGCCAUUUGUUUCUGAUUAAAAGCUAUCUAGACCUUUUACUAGCUAUCUAGACCAAAGGAAGCCAUGGGUGUGUUUGCCUAUGUGUUUCCAAACUUGCUGAUGAAUUUUAUCUGUGUGAGAUGUCUUCUCCAGAAAGAAGAGAGGAAAGGAGGGAAUAGUUAGGGAGGUGGGAAAUGAAUUCUGAGUAAAUAUUUGGUGCUAGGCAGUUUUGUGUAAUUAUUAUCACAGUUUCAGACUCAAACAAUCCUUCCAUGUGACUGUGUUUCUUAUUUGCAAACAGUACAUCUUGAAGUGUGUAAGUGGGUUGUUUGGGGGGCACAUGGCCCAUCAGUUGCAGAGACAGAGUUCAAACCCAGUUUUGCUGCCUCCAGGGUCCAUUCUUACUGCAGACUACCCAACUCUUCCAAAAUCAAAAAGAGACUCCUAAAUAAACCAAAAGUCUCAGGGAGGGAAGAGUGUAAAUUUUGUUGUAAAUAAUGAAGCCAGGCAGGAAGUUCUCAACCUUGCAAAGGGAAGGACGGCAAGUAAGAUUUUGAAACAGGCAAGCCUGGAAAAGCCCUCUGAUCCUUCCUGCAAGUCCCUCUGGAACCAGAACACAGCAUGGCCAAGCGAGUUGCAGUGAUCGGAGCUGGUGUGAGUGGCCUGUCCUCCAUCAAAUGCUGCUUAGAUGAAGACCUGGAGCCCAUCUGCUUUGAAAGAAGUAGUGACAUCGGCGGACUGUGGAAGUUUACUGAAACUUCUGAAGAUGGGAUGACUAGGGUCUACAAGUCGCUAGUGACAAAUGUCUGCAAAGAAAUGUCAUGUUACAGUGACUUCCCUUUCCAAGAAGAUUAUCCUAAUUUCAUGAACCAAGAAAAAUUUUGGAACUACCUCCAAGAGUUUGCUGAGUACUUUGACCUUCUGAAAUACAUUCGGUUUAAGACCACCGUGCGCAGCAUAACAAAGCGUCCUGACUUCUCUGAAACUGGUCAAUGGGAUGUUGUCACAGAGACAGAGGGGAGGCAGGUCAGAGCUGUCUUUGAUGCUGUCAUGGUUUGCACUGGACACUUCCUGAAUCCUCGUUUACCUCUCGAGUCAUUUCCUGGAAUCCAUAAGUUUCAAGGCCAGAUCCUACACAGCCAAGAGUACAAGAUCCCAGCAGGCUUUCAAGGCAAACGCGUCUUAGUGAUUGGUCUUGGAAACACUGGAGGAGACAUUGCCGUGGAGCUCAGUCGAACCGCAGCUCAGGUACUUCUCAGUACUAGAACUGGUACCUGGGUUAUCAACCGCUCUUCAGAUGGGGGCUACCCAUUUAAUAUGAUGGUUUUAAGAAGACACCACAAUUUUAUUGCACAAGUUCUGCCCUCCUGUAUUCUGAAGUGGAUUCAAGAGAGGCGCCUCAAUAAAAGAUUUAACCAUGCGAAUUACGGACUAAAUAUUACUAAGGGGAAAAAACCAAAAAAGAUUGUGAAUGAUGAGCUGCCAACCUGUAUCCUCUGUGGGACAGUCACUAUUAAAACCAGCGUGAAGGAGUUCACAGAAACCUCUGCUGUCUUUGAAGACGGGACAGUGGAAGAAAACAUUGAUGUUGUGAUCUUCACUACAGGAUACACAUAUUCUUUUCCCUUUUUUGAAGAACCUCUUAAAACCCUUUGUACAAAGAAGAUAUUCCUAUAUAAGCUGGUCUUUCCCUCAAACCUAGAGAAGACAACAUUAGCUAUGAUUGGCUUCAUCAGCCUUACAGGAUCCAUCUUAGCAGGCACAGAGCUCCAAGCGCGAUGGGCCACAAGAGUAUUCAAAGGACUCUGUAAGAUACCACCAUCUCAAAAACUGAUGGCUGAGGCUAUGAAGAAGGAGCAGCUCAUAGAAAGGGGUUUGAUGAAAGAUCCCGGUGUAGACAAACUUGACUACAUUUCCUACCUGGAUGACCUUGCUUCCUUCAUAGGCGUAAAGCCCAACGUCCCACUUCUGUUCAUCAAGGAUCCCAGACUAGCAUGGGAAGUUUUCUUUGGACCAUGUACUCCUUACCAGUAUCGCCUAAUGGGCCCCGGGAAAUGGGAUGGAGCCCGAAAUGCCAUCUUGACCCAGUGGGACAGGACACUGAAACCCCUAAAAACUCGAACCGUUCCUGGUUCCUUCAAACCUGCCUCUGUGUCACAUUAUUUGAAAGCCUGGGGGGCACCUAUACUGCUUGCUUCCCUUCUGCUGAUCUACAAAUCUUCCAUUUUUUUGAAAUUGGUGCCAGAAAAACUACAGGACAGAAUAUCCCCUUACUGAAUAAGUAUUUGGUGAGGGUAAAUCUGAUGGGUGAUGAGGAUUGGCCCCAGUCAUAUUAAUUCUGUUCCCAAAUAUCUUGUGUUUCCCCUCCCCUCUCCAUCACAGCUGGUAUAAUCCAAGUUUAGGUCUAAUCAUCUCUUACCUGAAUUAUCGUUCUAUCUUCCUCUCAAGUCUCAGUACCUCCUUUCUUGCCUCCUUUACCUAAGCAAUUGUUCUAAAAUAAAAAAUACUGUCAUUGUUUCCAUCAAGAUCUUAGUAGGAACAAGACAGAACUCAAAUUAGGUAAUUUGUGGAAACUUUAUAUAAAGAUUAUGUCCAGUGGUUUGAGCAGAGGGUAGGGAAAUCGUAAGUAGAAUGAAAUACUCCCAGACUAGUAACCAUGAGAUGCUUUUACCAUCCAUAGUUUUUCUAAAGAGGCAAAGGGAGAACAAAUAUGAAUAAGAGAGCGAGGUUAUGUGGAGAGGACCACCUCUCAAGAGCUGUGAUCUCCAGCUCACCACUGAAGGCAGUCCAUGGUGACCCCAAAAGUACAGAACUAGGGAAAUUCAUUGCCUAAUCUUACGUUCUUCCCUCCCUCUGAUCUUCUGCCCAUGCUUCUCAAUGGCCUAACCCAACUAAAAUUCAGAAGGCAAGGUUACUGACUAUUGUGGAUUUAAUUGCGUUCAUUCCCCCCAAAAUAUAGUCAAGUUCUAACCUCUGGUACCUAUGAAUGGUGCCAGAGGUAACUUACUUGGAAAUAGGAUCUUUGCAAAUGUACGAAAAUAAGAUCUUUGCAAAUGUACAUAAGUUGAGAUCAUACUGAAAUAGGGUGAGCUAGAUCCAAUAUAAAAAGAGGAUCCUUAUAAAAAGAGGAUAAAGCUACUUCCUGGUGAUCUAGUGACUAAUUAGAGUCCAGGCUACCAAUGCAGGGGGCCCAGGUUCAAUCCCUGGUCAGGGAAUUAGAUCCCAUAUGCCUCAACUGAAGAUCUCGCAUGCUGCAACUAAGACCCAGUGCAGCCAAAUAAAUAAAUUUUUUUAAAAAGAGAGAGAGGCUAAGACACAGAGACACAGUCACAGUGGAGAAUACCAUGUGAAGUCAGGCAGAAGUUGGAAUGAUGCAUCUACAAACCAAGGAUCGCCAAGCAAGCAAACGCUGAAAGAGACACAGAACAGAUUCUCUCUCAAAAUCCACAGAGGAAAAAGCCCCACCAACAACAAGUCCAGACUCCUAGACUCCAGAAUUGUGAAAGAAUAAGCCACCCACUUUGCUAUGGCAAUCUUAGGAUAUGAUACACCAACUGAUGUUUCCUGUGGAGGUCAGCCUGCUAGGCCACAGUGCAGAGCAAAGGUGAUGGAAAGUGUAUGUGGAAGGACAACCAGAAAGGAUCCAGAGCAGACAUGUUGCUUUCCAGUUUAAAAAUCCUGCAAAGUUUCUCCCUGGAUUAGAGAUAAUAAAUUCCUUAGUCUUGAAGAGGAGACUCUUCCUGAUCUGAGUCCAUUUGCCCAGGUCACCGGAAUCCUGGACUGUAACCACCCCUCCUCUUCAAAAUCCUACCAUCUAGCCCUCAUACCUCCUCACUUUGGCAUAAGCUGUUGCCUUUUCCAGCUAUGCAAAUUCACACCUGACUGUCUUUCUAGGGUGAGCUUGAUUAUCUCCCUUUGUGAAGCCUUCUCUGAGUCCCCAAAGCAGAGUUGACUGCCACUACAUAAUUACUGGGCUUCCCUGGUGGCUCAGGGAUGGUGAAGAAUCUGCUCGCAAUGCAGGAGAUCCAGGUUCAAUUCCUGGAUUGGGAAGAUUCUCAGGAGAAGGGCAUGGCAACUCACUCCAGUAUUCUUGCCUGGAGAAUUCCAUGGACAGAGGAACCUGGUGCGCUACAGAUCAUGGGGUUGCAGAAGAGUUGGACAUGACUGAGUAACUAACACUUCCACUUUCUUUCAUUUUUCAUGACUGCCAUCUCACAUACUACUCCAUCAUUGUUCUGUUCUUACUAUAACAUUAAUGUAAUUUUCUUUUUGUGUCCAUCUCCUAAUAAAUGGUGGGUUCUUGAGAGGAACCAUCAUCUUGUCCAGCUAAAACACUGCCUGAUAAAAAUACUGCAAAAUAAAUAUUUGAUGACUAAA